CGACUGCCCGGGAUCACUAUUGACCUACUUUGUAAAAAGUAAAUUUGGUCAACUUUUCUUGAUUUAUUUCUUAAAAUCUCAAUCUUACGACAGAGGAAUACAGUCAAAAACUGGCGGAAUAAAGAAAAAUAUAUAUUACAACUAUUAAGUCAAAUUUGAAAGAAAGGUCUACCGCAUAGAGGAGCUAUUGAUGUUUAAAAAUCACAAUGCUGCUUUGUUUAUCAAAACAUGUGAACAGCUGAGGAAAAUGAAUGCAGAUUAUUGAUGAAUAUGAAUCAUGAAAUAUUCAAAAUUUCAUUAGUGUUGUAGAUGGAAAAUAUGUCUUAGUUACAAGAAAAAUGAUAUUGCCUGUAACAGGCUUUGCCCUUUUGCUUGGCUUCUGGGCAAGUCUUUAUUUGCUGGAUGUGUUUUUGAAGACACAUGUACACUUCUCCCGAUACUACAUCUCGUUUCUUGGGAAGAGUGGGUUGUCCGUGUCAAUCUUGCAGUUGCGAUGGUAUACCACCUGCUUUAACAGAUUAUUCCUCAGACUAGGUCAAUGGCGUCCACAGUUUCUAAGAAUUUGGUUCACAGCGGGUGUAGUUUUUGGCUUAUUCGCAAUGAUGCUCUCAGUAUUCUUAUUGAGUUUGAUGGUCUACAAUACGUUAAGUCGCCAACCAGUUGAGCAACAAGUGUUAACACCAGUGAUGCCUGGAGUGAACCUUCCAAUGAGUCAAGUAACUUACUAUUUAGUGACAUUGCUAGUGUGUGGGAUACUUCAUGAAGUAGGACAUGCUAUUGCAGCUGUCAGAGAACAAGUAAGAGUGAAUGGCUUUGGAAUCUUCAUAAUGGCGCUCUACCCAGGAGCAUUCGUUGAUCUCUACACAGAGCACCUACAGGUUAUCUCGCCCCUAAGGCAGCUAAGGAUAUACUGCGCUGGGGUGUGGCACAACUUUGUGAUUGUUUUAGUCGCUAUUUUUGUCCUAUACUCCGAACCAGUGCUUCUCAUGCCAUUUUACUCAACUGGGAAAUCAGUGGUUCUGACCUAUGUUCUUGAGAAUUCUGCAGUAUCUGGUCCAAGGGGUCUUCAUGUAGGUGAUCAUGUGACCAGUAUCAGUGGUUGCCGGGUAACCAGCAGUGCAGACUGGAGCCAGUGCAUCCAGGCCAGCAUGAAAGAACCAGUGCCUGGAUUCUGCAUGGCAGUGGAGCAGGUCCGAAAGGAAGACACUGCCAUAAAAAGUUAUAUCACCCCUGGUGGGUACCUAGAAUGCUGUAAUUCAACCAGGAGUGACACCCAUCUAUGCUUUGGAUACAACACCAAGGCAAACCCCAACAGGGAAUAUGCCUGUCUCCCUGCCAGAACCACAACAGACAACAAACAAUGCCGUCUCCAUAGUGACUGUCAUUCCCCAUCCACUGAGAUGACAUGUGUUUAUCCAUCACUAGACAACACAACUAAACUGUUACGAGUUGAACACUAUGCUGGGAGAAGGCCACCAUUAUUAUUCCUGGGGUAUCCCCCAGAUUUGCAUUAUUCUGUUGCAGUCAGUAAUUAUGUUCCUGCAUCUCCCAUCGUUCCUGUACAUCUUCCAUACGUCAUAGAAACAUUCUCAAAAUAUCUUAUAUCACUUUCCGGUGCUUUGGCCAUCUUAAAUGUGGUACCAUGUUAUGCUUUAGAUGGCCAAUGGAUCCUGCUAGCAUUUAUAGAACUGACGCUACGGUCAACAGUUACCAGCCAAGAAACUCGUAGUCUCAUAUAUUCCAUACUGAUCCUCUUUGGAUCACUAUUACUAGGGACUAAUAUAUUUAUCGCCAUGUUUAUGCUGUUUGUCAGGUAGCAUUCAUCUUGAGAGACCCCAUAGAAGAACUGGAAACACACUAGAGACCCCAUAGAAGCAUACUGUUCAUAUCAAAACCCAUUGUAUGUACAUGUACUUUCCAAUUGAUCAGUGUACAGGAUCCAUUAGAUACUCGUUUUUGGCCAACCCAAUAGUAUUUUUUCAAUUUUUAUGUAGAGUAAUAAUUUUUCAAUUUUUUUUAUAUAGAGAUUGCUAUAAAAUAAGACUUUUAAUGAAUUUAUCCCCAAAUUUUGUUGUAUUCUAUGCUUUGUAGAAUAUCACUUUAUAAAAAUGCGACAGGUAUU